UUCCGUUUGGUCGCUUCUCGCUUUUCCCUCACACCCCUCCUGUAACCCUCUUACUCCCUUUGCUACACCACCGCCACUUCUAUCGACGCUGUUGCUCAUCGCGGCACGUCUCGGUCGCGGCGGGAGAAUCGAGCAGCUGUUCAUGCCCUCAUCGAGCUCUCAAUACCUUCUGCGAGUCCAGGGACCUGUCGUGUAGAAGAGCAAUCAACUAAAAUGUUCAUGCUGGAGAAAAAGCUGGGCCUCGCCCUUGGCCUCCUGCUUCGCCUGGCUUCGGCUUACGAUUGUCCCGUCGUCAAGAGAGAGGCCACUACGAACUACGGAACGGGCAUUAGCGACGAAGCUCAUGAGGGCUUGACACCGUUUGAGCUGGGAACGUGGAAGGGCGUCGUGGCAUUCAACGAGGAUCAUUGCGUUCAGAUGUGUUGCGAGAGGCUGGAGUGCUUCGUGGCGGUGUUCGACCACGCCGAAGCUCUGUGCUACCUGAAAGCGGCGGCUGCGAUGGAGUCGACUGCCUUUGUCUCUGAACAGGGGUUCACUACUUUCGAAUUGUCCGUCCGAGAAGGUGACCCGUCACCUGUGGCAACGGAACCAACGGAGUGUCAGGGCAAGAGGGGUGUGUCCUAUGACUUCAAGGAUGCCGAUGACUUGGACGCACUAGCUCCCGGCAUGUCGUGGUGGUACAACUGGAGCCCGGCUAUCAUUACAUCGGAAGUGAAAAUCGCUCAAUCCUCGUCCGGUUGCGAGUACAUCCCCAUGAUAUGGGGCGAGAAGGACUUGGACUCGACGCGCUUGGCGAACUUGGAUUCACUCGACCAGCCUUCGCACAUGCUCGGGUUCAACGAACCCAACUUCGGCUCUCAGGCGAACCUGACGCCGCAAGAAGCUGCGGCGCUUUGGCCGACGGUGAAGAGCGAGGCAGCCACGCUUGGCGCGGAGAUCGUAUCUCCCGCGGUGAACUUCUGUGGAGGAGACUGCACCAAGGAGGACCCUUACGAAUGGCUGGACGAUUUCUUCUCGGCGUGCGAAGGCUGCGACGUCACUGCAAUCGCUGUGCACAUUUACACCUGCGAGGUACGCUACCUCAACAAGAUCCUGUACGGCUACCUCAAGUACGGCCUCCCUAUUUGGAUAACGGAAUUUGCUUGCGCUGAUGACGCCGCCUACAUGAACGAGGCGUCCCAGGCUGCCUACCUCGCCGAUGCCCUGACGCUGCUAGAGUUGCACCCAUCGGUGGCUCGCUACGCCUGGUUCACCGGGCGAGGCGGAGACGACGUGGGCGUGACCGGAUCAGACCUCCUGUCUGCGACCGGCGUGUUGACGCAAGUCGGGAGCGUUUUCGUGGAAACGUACCAGGACUUGCAGCGCUGCGAAGACAGGACCGCUUCUCUGAGCACGGGCAUCUUGCCAUCGUCCACUCCAACCAACAUUGCCGAGCCCGGCACAAUGACGGGAAUGACCGACGUCGACCCCGAGGCGACCGAGAUCACGAACGUUGUCAUCGGUAACCUGGGUGGGACCGGCACGUACAUGGAUGUCAUCGGUAUGAACCCUGGAGCAGCCAUGCACUGCCCUUCCACGGAGGCGGCAUGCGUGCAAAAGGAGGUCUCCGUGAGCGGAACGCUGGCUCCGUUCGAUGAGGCUGUUUCGGUUGCGUUCCGUGGCCCCAUGAACAUCCACAACAUCGUCUGGUUCGAAGGAGAGGCGGACUCGUUGAGCAAGACCUCCUCUUGGACACCUGUAACAUCGGACAACUUGGUGUUCAUGACAAACCAAGGUGGAUACACCGGAUGCUCUGGCGAAUGGACCAUCUGCGGAGGCAGCAGCCAGAGCUACGCAGACGAGACGGGCAGCUCGUGUGCGAAUGAGCCCAAGCAGUUUAACGGUGUGUUGGGCGGCGAUCAGGGCGUGAACAUCAUGACAAGCACGGAGUGUGCGGAUGAGUCUACGUGCGGGUUCUACCGAGAUACGGGCAUGGAGGGCUGGAGCGGCGGCCUCGACGGAUCGAAGGUGAUGGUGUUCGAGGUGGACAUGCCGCACUGCGGCACGGAGGGAUUUGACGACUGCACGUGGAACCGUCCGGCUGUGUGGGCUCUGAACAGCAAGGUGGUGCGAACAGAGCAGUACGGGUGCAACUGCCGAGGGGCGGGUGGGAACGGGGGCUGCGGGGAGUUCGACAUCGUGGAAGCGGUCAUCGGCGUCGACCACGCCGACAUGAUGUUCACGACGGUGUACGACUUCAAGGGAACCGGUUCCCCCGGGCACGGCAAAUACUUCAACAGGCCAUCGUCACCGGCCCACUACGCGGCCAUUUUCAGGGGGGGCGAAGAUGCGUACCUCCAGGUGGUGCAGCUCACAGAAUUCGACUACAGCCAGACCACGUUGUCCGGGCUGUGGCUGGACGAGCUCAGGCUGGCGUCCACCGAGAACCACGAUGUAUACGAUGUGCCAGGCUCUGCGUCGUAG